UCGAACACAUGCGACCAAAGCGAUAGAUGCUUCGUCUUCAUCAUCGUCAUCGUCGUUGCCGUUGCUGCGUGUGUAAUCGUGUUGCACAGUGAUAUCUUCUGACCGAGCUUCACAUUCAGGUGCUUAAACCGAUCGCAAUGACUACGAAGGAACUCUAUAUUAAGGGUGGCCGAAUAUGGGUGCCGCAUCCGGAAAAAGUAUGGGAGGCCGCCGUGCUCUUGGAGAACUACAAGCAGAAUCAAUUGAUGUUGAAAGUACAAACGGAAGAGUCAAAUCAGACAAAGACAUUGGAGAUGAAAUCAGACGUGGAUCUUCCUCCGCUCCGAAAUCCGGAUAUUCUUAUAGGGAAAAGCAAUCUCACAUCAUUGUCCUUCCUUCACGAGCCCGCUGUUCUCCACAAUCUUCAGAUCCGCUUUCAACGGCAUUCCAUCUACACUUAUUGCGGCAUCGUCCUGGUAGCCUUUAACCCGUACAACGAAUUACACAUCUAUGGCAAUGACACGAUAUGGGCCUACAGGGGGCAGGCGAUGGGCGACCUGGAACCUCAUAUAUUCGCCGUGGCCGAGGAGGCCUACAUGAAAUUAGAGAGAGAGAACCAUGACCAGUCGAUUAUCGUCUCCGGCGAGUCGGGCGCUGGCAAAACGGUCUCCGCAAAGUAUAUCAUGCGAUAUUUUGCGACUAUUGGUGGAUCGGCGACAGAGACCCAGGUUGAGAAGAAGGUUCUGGCAUCUUCUCCUAUUAUGGAGGCGAUAGGUAAUGCGAAAACCACCAGGAACGACAAUUCCUCGAGAUUCGGCAAGUUUAUCGAAAUCCAAUUCAACGAGGACUACCAUAUCACUGGCGCCAGUAUGAGGACUUACUUGUUGGAAAAGUCGCGAGUCGUAUUCCAGACGAACGAGGAACGAAAUUAUCACAUAUUUUAUCAGAUGUGCUCAGCAGCGGAACGUCUUCCCCAAUUGUAUCUAUCCUAUCAGGAUCAAUUUCACUAUCUGAAUCAGGGCGACAAUCCCACGAUCGACGGUGUGGAUGAUCUCGAGUGCUUUGACGAAACGAUCAGUGCAUUGACGAUGCUCGGUUUCACAUCCAAGCAGCAGGAAGACAUGCUGCGCAUUCUAGCCGCCAUAUUGCACUUAGGUAACGUAGAGAUAAGUAAUUGCAAGGUCGAGGACGCGAAGGAUAGCGAGGUGGAUACCGAAUCCAGCUACAUCUCUUCGUCGGACCGACAUUUGCUGAUUAUUUCCGAGCUACUCGAUAUCGACAUAAAGGCAAUGCGCAAAUGGUUGUGCCAUCGGAAGAUCGUGUCGAUGCGAGAAGUCUUCCAAAAGCCGAUGAACGUGGACCAGGCAAUCGGCGCGCGAGACGCUUUAGCUAAGCACAUCUACGCUGAGCUCUUCAAUUGGAUCGUGGUCGGCAUCAACAAUUCAUUGCAGUCUCUUAGCAAAGCACAGUAUUUCAUCGGUGUGCUGGAUAUCUACGGUUUCGAGACAUUCGAAGUGAAUUCGUUCGAACAGUUCUGCAUUAAUUAUGCAAACGAGAAGCUCCAGCAACAAUUCAAUCAGCAUGUCUUCAAACUUGAGCAGGAAGAAUACUUGAAGGAAAAUAUCGAGUGGACCUUCAUCGACUUUUACGACAACCAGCCAUGCAUCGAUUUGAUCGAAACCAAACUGGGUAUCUUAGAUUUACUAGAUGAGGAGUGUCGCAUGCCGAAGGGCUCGGAUGCCUCGUGGGCGGAGAAAUUGUACACAAGAUGCAGCAAGUCGAAGCAUUUCGAGAAGCCGAGGUUUAGCACUUCUGCUUUCCAGAUUCGCCACUUUGCUGAUCUCGUACAAUAUGAGACAUUGGGCUUUUUGGAAAAGAAUCGUGACACUGUAAUCGAGGAACAGGUAGAUGUGCUGAGAGGUAGCGAGAACAAGCUACUGAAGCAACUGCUUAGCGACGGAGAUCCGAAGCUGGCGGUGCCGCAUAUUAGGGUGAAAGUGUCCGCGCAGCAGAAUACACCGAAUGUAUCCAAUAAGCAAAAUGGGAAAACUGUCGGCUCGCAGUUUCGCGAUUCGCUCAACACGCUGAUGGCUACGUUGAACGCUACAACACCGCAUUACGUCCGCUGCAUCAAGCCGAAUGACGCGAAAGAGGCCUUCCUAUACAAUCCUACGCGAGUGGUGCAGCAGCUGCGUGCUUGUGGUGUUCUGGAGACCAUCAGGAUCUCGGCGGCAGGCUUCCCGAGCCAACGAAUAUACGCUGACUUCUUCCAGAGGUAUGGCUGUCUCUGUCAAUUCAAGGAGAUACGACGGGAUGACUUGAAGGAAACUUGUCGACGUAUACUGGCCAGGUAUAUUAAUGAUGAGGACAAGUUCAAGUUCGGUCGGACCAAGGUGCUAUUCAGAGCUGGUCAAGUAGCGUUUUUAGAAAAACUACGAGCGGAGAGGCAGCGGGAUGCUUCCACAAUGAUCCAGAAAACGGUGCGCGGUUUCAUCCACCACAACAGGUACAUGAAGAUCCGUCGAUCGAUCCUCGGUCUUCAGAGGUGCGGUAGGGGUUAUAUUGCUCGGCAGAAGGCGAAGGCUGUGAGGAGGGAAAGAGCCGCGAUAAAGAUACAGGCGCGCGUGAAGGGUUGGCUGCAGAGGCGAUGGUAUCUGCAGGUGAAACGUACAAUCCUCGGUCUGCAGACGUAUGCCAGGGGUAACAUGGCUCGCGUUAGAUACAGGAUAAUGAAGGACCAUGCAGCCGCGACGGUGAUCCAAAGAUUCGCUCGGGGAUAUCUCGUAAGAAUGGCGUGUAGAAAGAAACUUGGAGACAUAAUUAUUGUACAGUCGUGCGUUAGAAGACGUCAGGCAAAGAAGAUCUUCAGGCGAUUGAAAGCCGAGGCCAAAAGCAUAGAGCACGUCAGGUCCCUCAACAAAGGAUUGGAAAUGAAAAUCAUUACGUUACAACAAAAGAUAGACGAAUUAGCAAAGGAAAAUCAAUUCUUGAAGAAUAUGCCAAAUGAAAUGUUAGAUUUGAAGCUCAAACUGGAUAACUUGAAAUCCAUCCAUGUUGAUAAUAAAAAGUUGAAAAGAUUAGUGCAGGAAAAUGAGGAGGAGCUGAAAAAUAUACAGGAAAUUCUGAAACGGGAGAGAGACGAAAAGAUGGAUAUAUCGCACGAUAAAGAGAGGAUUUCCCUGCAAAAGAAUGAAGAAAAAAAGAAACUGCAGCAGGAGAACGAGAGAUUACGAAAGGAGCUCUCAAUAGCGACUGAAAAAUUGAAUAGCAAUCAACGCGGUGCCGAGGACAAUCUAAAGUAUCGCCUCGAGCAAGAGAAAGAUCUGCUUCGGCUGGAACAGGAUCAGGAUCGCGGAACUUAUCAGAGACUGCUGAAGGAAUACCACGAGCUAGAACAGCAUGCAGAAAUGUUGGAGCAAAAGCUUGUGUCACCUGGACAUUCGCGUUUCUUUAGCAAUGCUUCCAGCGAUAGCGGCCAGACCGCAUUCACAGAAAUUUCACAAGACGAUCAAAUCGAUUUUGGUUACGGCUCCGUGAGACCCAUGGCUUCUUCAUCAACACUUUACUCGCGAGUAGAAACGAUUGACUGGAAUCAACAACGAUCGGACAGAGAAAUUCAGAUGAAUAAAUUGCCUUCGGAAAAAUACGCAUUUACCCUCGUGGACAUCGAUCUCGUUCUGAAGCUGCAACAGAAGCUAAAGGAUGUCGAGAAAGAGAAGGGCAGAUUGAUCAGAAUGGUCGAGGAUCUGGAACGCGAGGAAUCUUCCAAAAUACAAGAUUCGUUUAAACUUCAAAAGCUGGAAGUGGAGAAUUCGCAACUUAAGAAAGACUUAAAUUCAUUGAGGAAGACCGUUUCGUUGGGCAGCCCAUCAUUUGCGCAACAAAAUCUCAUGAUACAAUUCGAGGCGCUACAGGAAGAAUUGGAAAGAAGAAGAGAAGAAUGUAUCCAACUGCAUAGUGUGCUGGCUGAUCACACACGCAAGAUGAAGGAUUUAGAUGCCAAUUAUGGUUGCGUAGACAUUAUAAACGAGGAUGGCGAGCUGGUACUUGCUUUCGAAACGCAGAGACAGAUUAACCGGCAAUUGGAGGAUGAGCUGCAAGGAAAAGAAAGGAAUUGGCGAUCGCAAAGAAAUGAAUGGCGAAAUGAAAUAGACAGACUGCAAGAAGAAAUAGACAAACAGCAGAAACUACUUUCUAUUAAUUUAAGCAAAUCGCCGGAAAUUCAAGCGGAACUUUACAUGCAGCAUGAGGUUGCCAGAUUAGCGUCUGAAAAUCUAGAUCUUCAAGAAAAAUAUGAUAAAAUAGUAGAGGAAUGCAGGUGUUAUAAGAAACAAUGUACAAUCCUGGCGAUGCGAUUAAAGGAUGCAGAUUUGCCUAAUGCGGUAGAAUACGCAAACAGAUCCGUCAUUGUUUCCAGUAUUCAAGGUGGAAGUAAUAUGCCUACCAUUCAUAAGAAAAAAAGAGAUUAUGAAGGAAUGUUUGAAUUCAGAAAGGAAGAUAUCAACGUUAUUAUACGUCAUCUAGUCAUUGAACUGAAGCCCUCUACAGCGGUGACUCUGCUACCGGGUUUACCGUCCUACAUCCUUUUCAUGUGCAUCAGACACACUGAUUACAUCAACGACGACGAUAAAGUACGAUCGUUGUUGACCGAAUAUUUGAACGCUGUUAAACGUGUGCUGAAGAAAUGUGAUGACUUCGACUUCAGAGUGCUCUGGCUGAAUAACAUUCUGAGACUGUUGCAUAACAUGAAACAAUACUCUGGCGACAAGCCGUUGCAGAUCGAGAAUACAUCUAGACAGAACGAGCAAUGCUUGAGGAACUUCGACCUGAGCGAAUAUCGCGUCGUGCUGAGUAAUGUGGCGCUCUGGAUUUUCAAUAAUCUCGUCACGAGUCUCAAGGAGAGAGUCCAAGCGCUCACGGUACCGGCCUUGCUGGAGCAUGAGGCCAUACCUGUGCCCGAUAAAACCGAUCGGCUCAGGUCGACGAUGAGAUUGGAUUCCACACAACAGAAACUGGAGAAACUUCUCGCCGAAUUGACAUCGAUGCACAAGACUCUGCAGAAUCACGGCGUCGAUUCCGAAAUUGUGACGCAGCUGUUCAGGCAACUAUUUUACUUCAUGUGCGCCAGCGCUCUGAACAAUUUGCUUCUAAGGAACGAAUUCUGCCGGUGGACGAAGGGUAUGCAAAUAAGGUAUAAUAUGAGCCAUUUAGAACAAUGGGGUAGAGAUCGACGACUAGAAAUUGCAUCUGAAGCAUUGCGACCCAUCAUACAGGCAUCGCAGCUUCUGCAAGCGCGUAAAACGGAUGAAGAUGUUAAUUCCGUCUGCGAAAUGUGCAACAAGCUGACGGCUAAUCAAAUAGUGAAAAUUCUGAACUUAUACACCCCAGCCGACGAUUACGAAAGUCGAGUUCCUGUUUCGUUUAUUAAAAAGGUACAGGAUAAACUAAAAGAACGCGGCGAGAACAACGAACAGCUGUUAAUGGAUUUAAAUUAUUCUUAUCCUAUAAGAUUUCCAUUCAAUCCAUCGGACAUUCGAUUGGAAGACAUCGAAGUACCCGAAGUACUUCAUUUGUCUAUGCUCAAAAAGGUAUAAUUUAAUAAAGCAAGCAUAAUUGUGAUAAAGAUUCCUUUGUUCUAUACUUUGAUUGAAAAUGUUAUUUUCGCGGAUAAUCAAACUCGUUUAAUUCGAUCUUUAUUUGAAAGUUAGCGAUAUCAAUAAAAUCCGAUUAAAUUAAACGUAGACAUAUCGGAAGUGGUUCAUCAUGAUAUAUGUAUCAUGUUUUAUAUGUUGUGUUUUUUUUACUUGGCUAAUUCAGAUUUUAUGAUAUAUCGUCGUCUCAAAUAGCGCUCGCGUUUAAAGUAAAUUACUGCCGUGUAUAUGUGAUCGAAUUUUGAUGAGAAUGAUCGAUAUUUUUUGUUAUUAUUGCUG